AUGAGGUUCUUGGCCACGUGUUGCUUGUGCGGCGUGGUUGGUGCGCAACAAUUAGCGCGACAUUCUCUGCCAGUUUCUCAAUGGCGAAUGAAUUCGAGGAAUUAUUUGCAGGCUGGCGACGCUCGCUCCUUCUCGUUGUCCGAGCAGACUGGAGAUGCUGACCGGUUGCUGUGUCAGGUGGGCUCUGUCAUAAGCGCUGGCUUGCCGGGACGUUUGCCUCGGAAAGAGCUGUUUGAAGCCCAUGCUGUUGCAUCUGUGGCGAACCGCUACUUCCCCUCCCACCUCAACAUCGUGGAGCCUUGUGCUGGCUGCGGUCUUCUUGCUGUGUUCCUCGUCCUCCUAAACCGACAUCGUCAUGUGCGAUGCUCGGACAAGCAGCGACCCCGCAUCGCACGCGAACUGUCACAGUGUGUUGAGAAGGAAUGGCCUUUCCUUGCCCAUCAGAUUCGAUGGGAGGAAGCAGACCUUCGCAAGUCGACUUUGACAGUCGCUCCAAGCGAACUAAUUGUUUCCUGCCAUGCCUGCAGUUUUCUAUCUGAUGAAAUGAUCCGAGCUGCAGAGCAGAACCGCAGACCUCUAGUCCUGGUACCUUGCUGCUACGAGACGCAGCCGAAUCUUCCCGAUCGUCCCUGGCUGCCAAACUGGUCCUGGAGGAGGUGGCCCUGGCUUUUAGAGGGGGAAACCAAUCGACUCGGGCGCUCAAAGAUCCACGAAGCUCGCUUAGAGUUCUUGAAAGCAAAAGGCUACGACGUCGUGAUGGAUGAGAUUGACAGGCAAAUCACUGAAAUGAAUCGCGUCAUCAUAGCACGGCCAGCCUAG